UUAUACGCCACAACCAGGAAAACAGAACUGUCGCCGAAAUUAGCAAUAUUCUUCACAUAUCACUGAGAACUGUCUCUCGAAUAAUUAAGCUGUAUCGAGAGACGAAUUCCCUGUCUCCAAAGAAGUCGACGGGCCGACCCAAGAGUACGGUUGCAGAACAAGAUGGUCAGCUGGUGUCGACCAGUCGGGCGGAUCCGUUCGCUACGUCCACCAUGCUCCGAGAGCAACUGCACCUGAAUGUGUCAAAGGACACUGUAAAAAGACGGUAUGUAACAUUUGUAUGAUAGUAGUCACUCGUCCUUCGAAUACAUUAGUAAGAGGGCGUCGAGUCGUUUUCUAGUGCAGACAUGAAAAGUUGAGCUCCUGCUUUUCGCGAAGUUUGACCAAGGAUUUAACUUUAACAUAGUGUUGUGCCAUAUAUUUGGAAUCUACUCAACGAGAGGAAGCGUUUGGUGUCAAAUUUUUGGAAAUUGGACCACUUGGUGAGAAAUUAGCAACGAUCGAAAAACUCGAUUUUCGGGACGUUUUUACCGGAAAGGAAAGUUCGUUUUUCCGGAAACAACAACAGUGACUUAUAGAGAGACAAACUGUGAGUACUUUGACUAAAUUUUGUGGUCCUAGUCCUAAAAUUAAAGAAGUUAUUGAACUUUUAAAAUUUUUAACGAUCGGCACCAAUCGGCCCGCAUCGGGCUUUUGGAUAUAGAUUUUCAAAUUUUUUAAUUAUUAUCACGUAGAGGAGACUUUAAGCAAUAGUUUGUAAAACUUUGGUUUAAGUAUUGUUAGUAGUUUUCGAAAUACGGCAAUUUUAAUUUUGUCCAACUUUUCACGCUUAACGAAGAGCUCGGUCUCCAUGGUUACGGUCAAUGACCUCUCCUCGUUCAACAGUGUAAUAACGGCUUCCAACGGUUUUUCCCACUGACGUCUUACUGGUUCGUUUUGAGUGACGUCAUAGCGUAUUUUUUCAACUUUUUCUGUGUUUAUUGUGCAAAUUUUGAUCAAGUUUUCUAGACAUUUGUUAAUAGUAGAAGGUAUAGAAUAUAAGAUGGCCGAGUCAGAAGUAGAAGUAGAUUUAAUAGAAAAUUUUAUGGAGGAAGCCUUCCUAAUGGUAGAGGAGGUUAAAAAUUAUAUUAUAGAAAAUCCAAAUGGUAGGCUAUCUACAAUUGAUCAUAAGCGUUUCAUGAUUGAACAGAUGACUAAGAUUAUUUAUCUGGCAGAAGAAAAUCUUAGAGAAUUAAGAGACAAGUCAAAUUUAAAUAUCAAAGAACAGCAAAAUCAUAUGGGUAUUACCAAACAGGAAGUAAGUGAAAUAAUAAGCAAGCAGAAUGAAGAAAUAGUGUUAGCUAUCAACGAGAUCAAACAAGAAAUAAAUGAAAUUAAGAAAUUGAAAGAGGAGGACAAACAAGACAUCACAGAGGAACAAAAUUUUAAAACAGAGAUAGCAGAAAUAAUGAAAGAAAAUGUUACAAAAACCAUGGAGGCUAUAUCAACAAUCAAAGGAGAAUUAAAGACGAUUAAUCAGACCUCAACUCAGUGUUCUAACACACAGGAGGAACAAAAAAGAAGAUACAGUGAUGUUCUAAAAUUAGGAAACAGGCAGCCAGGAAUUACCCUUCCACCUCCAAGCCCGCAAUACACUGUGCUCGUCUACAGCAAAGACAAAAACAACAAUUCCAAACAGACUAAGGAAAUUUUGAUGAAAAAUGUGACUCCGAAAGACUUACGGAUUGGAAUCAAAGGUGUGAGAGAGAUCAACAACGGGGGAGUGGCUGUAGACCUUUCUAGCACACAAGAAACAGCUGCAUUAACAGACUUUCUAACACAGGUUAAGGAACUUAACACAAAAGAAAGAAGGAGACAACCCUUGAUUAAAAUACUGUCGGUUCCUAAAUCUAUAGACAAAAGCGAAUUAAUAGAGAUGCUAUAUGAGCAGAAUAGUUGUUUCUCGGAACAAAUGUCUCAAAGUAUACUAGAGGAGGAAAUACAAAUUAGAUUCCUGAUCCCGCAGAAAGAUAGUAAUCUUCAAUCGUGGGUCAUGGAAGUGUCACCAAUGAUGCGUGAAAUAAUUAUCAGAGAAGAAAAAUUGUAUAUAGGGUGGAACAGGUGUCCAGUUUUAGACUAUAUAUUAAUUAGAAGAUGCUACAAGUGCCUGGCUUUUGGGCACUAUGCUAAAGAGUGUCAACAUCAUUCUCAAGUCUGUAGUCAUUGUGGGGGAGGACAUGUAUACAAGGAUUGUGAUAAGGAAGGACCAGCCAAAUGCACAAACUGCUACAAAAACAAAAUUAAAGACUACCAUCACAAUACCAUUGACAAAGACUGUCCAUGUUUCAUUAAGGAACUGCAUAAAUACACCAGGCAGAUCAACUAA